AUGACAGAUAGAGGAGAUCGGAAACAUAUCAAUUCGACGAUUGCCAACUUGGCGAAACGACGACACGAAGACAAUGCCGAGAUGUACCACGAAGAACGUGUCGGGUUCAAAGCGUCGAAACGAGCACUCCAACAAGAUGACGAUGAAGAUGAUCUCAGAUUUGGUGAACCCCCAACAAAAAAACCGUUGACUGCCGCUGAAGAUGAUAUCAAAUUUGAAGAAAUCCAAACAAAAAAACCUUUGACUGCCGCUGAAAGAAUGAUGGCGUCUAUGGGAUACAAGGAAGGAGAAGGACUCGGAAAGAACAAGCAAGGUAUCCAGGAACCAGUUGCACUCUCAACACAAAGAGGACGCACCGGUCUUGGAAAUCAAGCUGGAAAAGCCGUCGCCAGAGAUUUCAAUGAGGUUUGGGAUGAGACAGCGGAACAGAAGACGGUCGAGGAAAAAGUUAGAUGGCUGGCAAAUAUUGAAGAAGGAAAGAGACAAGAAAUCUGUGACAAGUUGAACGAUGAUAAAUGGAUGGUAGUCAGAAAGGAGAAGAAAAUGAUUGACGACGAAAUCGAUUUCUGCAGUCAAACUGUCCUCACGGAGAUGAUUGAAGCAAAGAACGUCUUUGAUCUGAUGUCCGACAAAGAUCUCCGUGAGGCCAGAACACGUGCCAAUCCAUACGAAACCAUUGGCUCUGCAUUCUUCCAGAAUCGAGCUGCAAUGAAAACUGCCAAUAUGGAUAAGAUUUAUGAUUGGAUUCUGUCCAGAGAAAACACAGAAAACGAUAGGUUUCUGUUGAAAAACCCGGUUGAAGAGGGGCAAACAACUCAAAAUAUAGACAGAGAUGAAGAACUGUUCUAUUUUGCUGAUGUUUGCGCUGGACCAGGAGGAUUCUCAGAAUACAUGCUUUGGAGAAAAGCAUUCUACAAUUCCAAAGGAUUCGGAUUCACUCUCGCUGGAAAAGACGACUUCAAACUUCAAAAGUUUACAGCUUCUUCUGCAUUCUUCUUCGAAACAUUUUACGGAACAAAACAAAACGGAGAUGUGAUGGACCCAGAGAAUAUCGAUUCAUUGGAGGAUUUCAUCAGUCGUGGAACCGAUGGAAAAGGAGUUCACUUGAUGAUGGCUGAUGGUGGAUUCAGUGUUGAAGGACAAGAAAACAUACAAGAAAUCCUAUCGAAACGCCUCUAUCUCUGCCAGCUUCUUGUUUCCCUUUGUAUCGUCCGUGAAGGCGGAAACUUCUUCUGCAAGCUCUUUGAUAUCUUCACUCCGUUCAGCAUUGGACUGAUCUAUCUCAUGCGUGUCUGUUAUGACAGCAUUUCGUUGCAUAAACCCCACACAAGUCGUCCGGCAAACUCUGAACGAUACAUCACAUGUAAAGGAUUGAGAAGAGAAUACGCAGAAGUUGUGAAGAACUAUUUGAAAAGAGUGAAUCGGAAGAUGGACGAGCUCAAGAACAAAGGAUCCAAGGAUGAUGUGAUGGAAUUGAUGCCUCUCGAUGUUAUCAAAUCGGACGAAAUCUUCAUGGAUGAAAUUAUCGAGCAUAACGAACACUUGGCCAACCGUCAGACGAUGUAUCUUCGAAAAUACCAAAGUUUUGCUAAGAACCAGGGACAAUUCGACAAGGAUCAAGGAAACCUCCGUGAAGAAUGUUUGAGAUAUUGGCAAGUUCCCAACAGACAGAGACCACGUGGUGGCGAUCGUGGAAACCGCAACGCCAAUACAGAGAGAUUGAGUCCACAUGCAGUAUUUGGAAAGUAUAGUCCGAAGAUUUGUAGCGAUACGGAUUUCGGAAAUCAAUUCCCUGAAUUUCAAAUCAAAAUUCUACAAUCUCCGAUUCCAUCGAACAUUUCAUACGAAGAAUAUCGUUUUGUUUCCCUCGGCUCCAUUUCGAAUCCACAACUUCUGAUUUCAACUGGUGACUCGGUUUUCUUUUUCCGAAAUGGACAUUUCGAACAAAUCACGAAUAACUACGCACGAAUUCCUGAAAACACAAUUUUGUUGAUUGAUUUUGCGAAAGAAGUGAAAAAAGAUGGAAACAAAAUCCAAAUCUCACGCGAUCCUGAAGUUAUAAGAAUCAUUGAUGCCGCCGUUCUAUAUGGAGAUAAUAUUGCUGAUCUUCCAUAUGAGACUAGAAUGAAAACUGCUCAGAAGUUUGUCAAGGCUCUGAAAUUGACCAAGCGAACAGUGCAACAGGGAUGGGGAAACAGAGCUCAACAGAUCACUCCUCACCUAAUCACUUGUGCUCAAACUUAUUCUCUGAAUGAACUUGACACAUUCCGUUCCAACCUGGAAGAGACAAAGCAUGAGAGGGAACUCACUAUUCUCAACAAAGAAGGAAAUUUCACAUUCUUUAAUAAAGGUCUUCGAUUCACAAGAAUUAUCAAACAAGAAUGGCAGAUGGGAUGGUCGAAAAGUAAGCAGGUUCCAUACGUUCACUCUCCAGAACACCAGAAAAUGGGUUCUAUACUCGUGGAACAAUGGGCUGAAAAGUCUAUAUACUCGUCAUUCUGGGAUUGUGUUAUUCUCACGAAAAAAGACAGAAUGAAGAUGGACGAGAUGGCGAGACAUAACAAUUUCGCUGUUCAGUCAAGUAUCUGGAGCUGGAAAGCGUGUUACCGCACUCCAUAUGGACCCGAUAAAAUCCUCAAUCAUCCGGAAGAAUUCGAAGGAAAAGCAACCCUUGCCUCUGUAAAAUCCCAAAUCGAAAAGACUGAUGCCUCGGUUCAACGUGUUAGAGACUAA